GCUGGAGCAAUGACGCUCUUCCACUUCUUCAAUUGCGCCGCGCUCACGUUUGGCCCGCACGCUGUCUACUACAAGGCGACGCCACUAUCUGAGUAUGACACUGUUGGGACGUGUGUUAAGGCCGCGCUUGUGUAUCUGGGGACUACAUUGAUCAAGCUUGUGCUUUUCGCAACGUUUUUACAGGCAUCGGAUAACGAUGAUUUCCAUCCAUCCCAAGAGAUGUUGAAGGCGCUUAUCGGUUUUCUGGAUGUAGCCGGCAUGUAUUUCGCGCUCACUCAGCUCACGUACCGGAACAUCUCUCAGAAUCACAAGUUCCAAGCCAUUGGGCUCGGAUGGGCGUUUGCGGAUUCACUGCUGCACAGGCUCGCACCGCUGUGGGUGGGAGCAAAAGGCCACGAAUUCACCUGGGACUAUCUUCUGCAAGGAAUUGAAGCAAACGUGAACCUGGUUCUUACAGUGUCUUUGGCCGCUCUGGGAUCGUUAAUGUGGCUUCGAAAAUCCAAGCCGUCGGCAUUAGUUCCAAUCAUCUACACCAGCGCUGGAAUCCUCGCAGCUAUGCCGUCGAUCAGCAGCUACUUGCAUCGAGGACUUAAGUGGGAUUUUUCCAAAGUCGUGGGAUUUGAGAUGUCGGCAGCGGUUGCCAUGGCUUUGGUAACUUGGCGUCUCUUCAGUGCGUGCCAGAGGCCUCAAGCAUGACAAGAAGGUGCAAAUCUUUUUCCUGGAAUUUUUUGAAUGGAAUCGCAAUCUCACUGUAAGGCUUUCCAGCCAAAAGCCUUACGAAACGCUCCAAAAUUCCUUUCUUCCGGAGAGAAUCGGAGAUCUCACUUAUUUGAUUUGGAGGAGAGUUGCUCUGGGACGAAACAAGAAAGAACAAAGAAAAAGAGAGAGAGAGAGAGAGAGAGAGAGAGAGAGAGAGAGAGAGAGAGAGAGAGAGAGAGAGAGAGAGAGAAAGCUUUCCUGGAAUGGUGGUGAGCGAGCUGCUUAUCCAAAGAUCACAUCAUUCAUGAUAA